GGGGUUGGUUUGGCAUUGCAGUUGAUUUUAAGCAUUUUCAGGUUUCUUAAUUUCUUUAGUUUGUAGUAGUUUACAAAUAGCCUUUUUCUUCAGGUGGAAAAAACGUGUAGGCUACUUCUGAAUAGGAAUAGCUAGCAAAAGUAAGACAUGCUUUAAAAAAUGUUGCUUAAAGCAGGAGGUGAACCAGCUGGUCUAAGCUCAAGAGAUAGCCCGUUCACCACCACAGAGCAGCACAAAGCAAUGUCCCUGGCUGGUGUAAGCUGUCUGGUGACAGGAGCAGGAGGGUUUCUUGGCCAGAGGAUUGUCCGCUUGCUGUUGGAGGAAGAGGAGCCGCUGGCUGAGAUCCGACUGCUGGACAAAGCCUUUAGCAAUGAAGCCCUCGGGAGAUUUGGAAAGUUCCAGGGUAAGACUGAGGUGAAAAUCCUGGAAGGGGACAUCCGAGAUGUGACGUUCCUGCACCAUGCCUGUCAGGGGGUCUCCCUCGUCAUCCACACGGCUUCCAUCAUUGACACCAUUGGCCUCAUAGAGAAGCAGCUGCUCUGGGAAGUGAAUGUGACAGGUACUAAGCUACUGCUGGAGGCAUGUGUCCACUGUAACGUCCAGCACUUCAUAUAUACCAGUACCUUAGAAGUGGCAGGCCCAAACUGCAAAGGUGACCCGAUUUUCAAUGGUGAUGAAGAUACAGCUUAUGAUGGUGAAUCAAAAUCUCCUUACGCCCAGAGCAAGAGACUGGCAGAGGAUUCUGUGCUGAAAGCAGAUGGCCAGGUGUUAAAGGAUGGUGGCACGCUGAUGACUUGUGCCUUGAGACCCAUGUACAUCUUUGGAGAAGGAUGCCAAUUUCUUCAAGGUCACCUGGACAAGUGUCUUUUGAACAAAAAUAUCUACCUGCGCUUCUCCAGGAAGGAGGCUUUGGUGAACCCCGUGUAUGUGGGGAACAUUGCCUGGGCACACGUGCAGGCAGCCAAAGCCCUGAGGGUCCCACAGAAAGCUAAGCACAUCAGGGGGCAGUUCUACUACAUCUCAGAUGACACUCCUCAUGUGAGCUAUGCAGAUCUAAAUUACGAGCUGACCAAGGACCUGGGGUUUGGAAUCGAGCCCCGGCUCCCCAUGCCUCUGACAAUGCUGUAUUACUUCUCGCUGUUGCUGGAGAUCAUGAGCUUCUUGCUCAGGCCCUUUAUCAGAUACAUCCCCUCCACCAACCGUCACCUGGUCACUCUCCUGAACACCCCGUUCUCUUUCUCUUAUAGAAAGGCCCAGAAGGAUUUUGGCUACAUGCCCCGCUACACAUGGGAAGAGGCCAAGCAGUGCACCGCACAGUGGAUUGCCUCCAUAGUUCCACAGAGAAGGCUCUACUUGAAAAGCAAGGCUGCCUAAGUCUUAAGAUGAGCUGAGACCUGGCUAAACAAGUAGGGCCAGGAGCCAGAGGAGAGCGGGGUGGACAGCAGCAGCAGGCAACUACAACACAUUUAAAUGAAGACUUCAUGUAACAGCCCCCUCACCUCCCCAUCCCCCCAGCCAUCACCACUACCCAGAAUAAAUAAAAGAGAAAUGUUCAUUUGUUUGCUGAGUACAGUAUGAUCAGGGUAGCUUGACUGUGUACUCCACAUCCACUUCUACAUCGUGUGCAGCAUGAAGACACUAUUCUACUAAGACUCCACACAGUCCCUGGUGUGAACACAUCAGCCUUUCUUUUCACUCCAUGCCAUCUUUAGGGCUUUUGUCAAACACAGUUUGUCCUAGAACUAUGAUUAUACUUUACAAAUACAUACUACUGAGCCAUACCCUACUCACUCAGCUCUUGCCAGACUUAGGAAACACACAGCAAGUAGAAGCCAUCUGAUUGCAAAAGCCAAAUCUUGUUCACUUUUUCAAGAGUGUUGCCCAGUUUCGCAUGCCAUUCA